UUCUUCAUGGCCCCUGACUUGCCCAAGUGGGAGUUACUGGGAACUUGGCAGAUGGAGUUACGCAUGUCUUCAUGGCUCUCUUUUCCUGCUGUGGCAGUCAAAACUUCCAACUUCACAGAAGCUACUGACAUAAGUCAGAGAGUUUAAGAACUGCGUUACCAGAAAAAUAAGAGUGAGGACUAGAAAAAGAGGAAAUUCAAAAUGAAACAAGCAUGGAACACAACUUGCCCAAAUUGGCUGGUGGCAGAGGCUGUCCUGGAAAAGUAUUACCUUUCCAUUUUUUAUGGGAUCGAGUUUGUUGUGGGAGUCCUUGGGAACUUCAUUGUUGUUUUUGGCUACCUCUUCUGUCUGAAGAACUGGAAAUGCAGUAACAUUUAUCUCUUCAACCUCUCUAUCUCAGACUUGGCUUUUUUGUGCACGCUUCCUAUGCUGAUUAGAAGUUAUUCCAGUGGAAAGUGGAUAUAUGGGGACCUGUUGUGUAUAAGCAACCGAUAUGUGCUUCAUGCCAAUCUCUACACCAGCAUUCUUUUUCUCACUUUUAUCAGCAUUGAUCGAUACCUGCUCAUGAAGUAUCCUUUCCGGGAACACUUUCUACAAAAGAAGAAGUUCGCUGUUUUAAUCUCUUUGGCUAUUUGGGUUUUAGUAACCUUAGAGCUACUACCCAUACUUCCCCUUAUAAAUCCUAAUAUAGCUGCCAAUGGCACCUACUGUACUGAUUAUGCAAGUUCUGGGGACCCCCAAAACAGCCUCAUCUAUAGCCUGUUCCUAACCUUCUUGGGAUUCCUCAUUCCUCUUUUGGUGAUGUGCUUCUUUUAUUUCAAGAUUGCUCUUUUCCUAAAGCAGAGGAGCGGGCAGCUUGCCACUGCUUUGCCCCUUGAAAAGCCUCUCACCUUAGUCAUCAUGGCGGUUGUGAUCUUCUCCGUGCUUUUUACUCCCUACCACAUCCUGCGGAAUGUGAGGAUUGCUUCACGCCUGGAGAAGUGGAAGGAGUACCAGUGCACUCAGGUCGCCAUCAACUCCUUCUACAUUGUGACUCGGCCUUUGGCCUUUCUGAACAGUACCAUCAACCCUGUCUUCUAUUUCCUUAUGGGAGAUCACUUCAGGGACAUGCUGAUGAGUAAACUGAGGCACCAGUUCAAAUUCCUUACAUACAUUAGAAGGUGAGGUCCUGGACUGAUGUUUCCAUGCAGCGAAAAGUGAGAUGCUUGUGUAACAGAUUAUUUUAUAUGUGCAGCUGCAAGCCAAUUCCAGUUUGAUCUGACUCACAGAUGUAAAUUGGAGAGGGACAGACCUGACACUGUUUUAAAGACACACUGCAUCUGGAAUAUGUGAAAAAAAGAAAAUUGGAAGUAUUUAUUGGUUUCUUCACCCAAGAACUGAAAGGAGCUGGACUGGCAUUGUCUAAUGUUUGAGCACGGAAGUCCAAAAUCUUAGGUGUUAUAAGACUUUCUCAAUCAGUGUAAAAGGAAUAACAGAUAGAUAAAGCUUCAAAUAGUCUGUAUUUAAUCACUGGUCAGAUCGUUACAAAAAAAAUGUGUUGGCAACAUUCUCUAUGUUAUUCUUAUUUGUUUGUUCUUACAACUUAAUGUGAAAACUGAGUAACAGAUCAGGCAUACACUCUUAAAGACUGUUGUUAGGAAUUGUGCUCUUGAACAAAAUUUGAAGUAAACCAUAGCGACAAGCAAGAAAGCAAGGUGUUGAGUUCAAUGAUGCCUAUAAGACAUUUAUUUAUAUUGACAUGAAUAGGGGUCAAGUUGUACCUAUAAGUCCUAUUUUGUUGUAUGGUUUUUAGUGCAAUGAAUUGUAUUAAAUGGAACCUAAGGAGACAGUUCAACAAAGAGAGAGACAGGUUUGAGCUUGUCUCUCAGGGAAUUUAGGUGUAGAUGAUUGCUAGAAGAGAGACCACGGAGAGUUAGAAAAAUCUGAGUUAUAGAACACGAAGUGCCUAUCAGAAAACCCAAGGUAAGACAAAACAAACAAACAAACAAACAAAAAACCAAAGGUGAAUGCUUUUGGACAACUUUAUCUCCAAAGAUAGUGACUUUUAUCUGGUGUGAGCCUUGUUUUCACAGAACAUUACAUAAGGCCAUUGAAGGAAGUAUUCUAAACAAAAUGUACUUUAUGAAAUUGUAGAAUAUAUGGAAUAUUUAUGUGCUUAUCAAUAUAGAUUAACCAGACACCACUCCGUGCCACAAAAUAAAUUUAUAGGAAAAAAAUACAUGGAUGCUACCUUAGCUUUUUAAAGUCAAAUGAAUACCACAUAAUAGUUCACUUAUAAGCAACAAAAUGUGUCAAAAGCCAUAUAUCUAUGCUCUUUUUCUUAUAGUCAUUAGCUAUAAUAUGAAGGAUACAGUAAGCAUUAUGAGUACAAAGAAAUAAAAUUCUAUUGUCCUUCCUGUUCUGAGAUACUUUGGUGCUGUUAUAUUCUGACAUUACAAAAACCCAAAAUACCCCCAGUUAGUGCUUCCAUACUUGAAGCUACUGAGAUAUUAGAAAAACAUAUUACUCGGGGCGCCUGCAUGGCUCAGUGGGUUAAAGCCUUUGGCUCCAGUUGUGAUCCCAGGGUCCUGGGGUCGAGCCCCUAUAGGGCUCUCUGCUCAGCAGUGAGACUUGCUUCUUCCUCUCUCUCUCUCUCUGCCUGCCUCUCUGCCUGCUUGUGAUCUCUGUCAAAUAAAUAAAUAAAAUCUGUAAAAAAACAAAACAUAUUACUCACAAAGGGUUUCUUUUCUUACUUAUUAUUAGGUUUCAAGAUAUUUUUCAUGCCUUGCCUUUAUUGUGAAUAUUUUAAAAAUUUCAAUGUGCUUUCCUAACUGUGAAAAAGAAUCUCCUGAAUUUCCUCAUCAGAAAAAGCCACAAAAGGACCUUAGGAAAGAAGUAUUUGCUUUUUUCUGCAAAAUUAGAAACAUAUAAUUUGUAUUUUAUGCAUGGAUUUUAAUUUCUAAAGAUGGAGUACAAUUUGCCCGACCCCUAUCCAAAGGAGUAGUGGACUCUUUUAAGUAAUACAGUGGAAUAUUUUACAAAACCAUAAACUGUCGGAUGUAUCUUGUAACCAAACUGUUAAGUAAUUUCAUAGCAUGUUUCUAAUCCUUUUCUUGCUCAAAUCUAUCAUCCUGUAACUUAAUCCUCAAUAGACUAAAGAGACUUACACUAAAAUUACAAGAUCUAUUCCAUUUACUUUUUGUACUAGGUGAUUGUGAAGAUCAUAAACAAUAAAUAAUGGAAAUCCCUCUUGGAUUUGUAGUUUUCAAAGGAAAUGAUGUUGGGCUUUUGUAUAUUGUCUUUUUAAUUGGUUCCUCAUUGUUUUUAGAAUCACAUGUAACUAUCUGGCCCAGCGUUUUGCAAUCUGGGCCCGCCUAUAUUAUAUGUUUAUCUCCCAACUGCCAUUGUCACAAACUAAACCCUUCCACCAAAGGAGUUCUUUGCAGACCUUCUCUCACUGUGUACAGCUGGGUGCUUACUCCUUUUCCAUCAUGCCCCAUAUAAAAAUUCUAAGCAUCUUUUAAGGUCCAUGUCAUUUGUCACUCCUUCUUAAAGCCUUCCUUGGAUCUUCUCCUCCACUAAUUGGAAUAAAUCUAUCUGCCUCUGGGAUUUUAGACUGCUUUUAAGUACCAUUUUAAUGAAAUGCAUGAUUUUGGGUCUUAUUAUACAGUUAUUUAGGUUCAAGUCAACUCUAAGGUCUGUAAAUAGAAGAACCACAUCUAAUUUUUCAUUGCCCUUCUAGCACCCAGCAAGGUACAUUUUAAAUGGUUGUUGAUUAUGAAUGAAUGUCCUACAAACUAAAUUUAAAUUCGAUGCUCCUUUUUGGUGUGCAUUACUUUCUGUCAUCACUGCUUUUGUAAGGACUGCUAUUUUAUACAAAGAAUGGAGUGUGUAAACACAAACGUCCAGAUGCCAUUGCCUUAUUCCUUAAAUUUUCUUCUAUACCUUUGAACGUACUUUUAAUUGAUGCUGAAAGUCUGUGUCUGCUAGUUCCAGACUUGGGUCAUAUCAAACUUGAUCUCCAUUGAUUGCCUUUUAUCAUACAUAUCUAACAAAUUUGGA